AUGUCUUCUGCUAAUCUCAUGUCUCGCACUCCCUCAACUACAACGCCUACAUGGCACCAGUUCGAGCGGAAGGUUGAUGAAGUCAAGCCAUCCAAAACUGACAUCAAUUACUUGGUUAUGGACUACUUGAUCACCAAUGGAUACCCUGCCGCCGCGAAUAAAUUUGCCGUUGAAGCGAAUAUUCAGCUCCGUGCAGAUGAGGCCAUUCGGGAGCGGGUAGAGAUCCGAACUGCCAUCAAUUCUGGAAACAUCCAGUUGGCCAUUGAGAAAAUCAAUGAGUUGAACCCUGAGAUCCUAGAUGGCGAUGCGUCUCUUCACUUUGCUCUCCUCCGUCUUCACUUGAUUGAAUUGAUCCGCCCCUGUAUUCCAAACCCCGAGGAAAAAGUUGGAGAAGUUACUGCUGCACUCGAAUUUGCCCAGUCGCAGUUGGCACCUCGCGCCACUACCAACCCACAGUUCCUCGAUGAUCUGGAGUGCACCCUUUCGCUCCUUCUGUUCCCCAGCGAGCAUAUCAUCCCCUCCCUAGCUGCCCUUCUGGAUCCCACUCUCCGUAAAGAUAUCGCCACCCGUGUGAACGAGGCCAUCUUAGAUGCUCAGCAUGCCCAAAAAGAGGCUCGAUUGCGUAACCUGGUCAAGCUUCGCGUUUAUGCCGAGGCAAAGGCAAGAGCUGUCGGAAAAGACAUCCCGGAUAAAUUGGACAUCGGCCUGAUCAGCGAUUCCCAAGAGGUCGGCAGCAAUAAUAACAGUAACGGCGCCAAUGGUCGUGUCUCCAAUGGUGCCAAUGACACCGUCAUGUCUAACAGCGGAGAUGCUGAAGGCACGGUUUUUUGA